CACAAUCAUAAAACCUCUUCUUCUCCGCCAUUCCUGACACUCCCCACCGUUCUCUCGCUGCGAUGACUCUCUACUUGCUAUACGAGUCUGCGUCGGGAUACGGCCUCUUCUCAGCUGAUGGAAUCGAUGAAAUUGGCCAGAACACGGAGGCUGUCAGGACCUCCGUCGUCGACCUCAACCGUUUUGGUAAAGUGGUAAAGCUCGCCGCCUUUACCCCCUACGAUUCCGCGCUUGAUGCGCUCAACCAAUGCAACGCUAUUUCUGAAGGUCAAAUGACUGAUGAGCUGAGGAACUUUUUGGAGCUAACUUUACCCAAGGUCAAAGAGGGUAAGAAGCCAAAGUUUAGUUUGGGAGUGGCAGAGCCAAAACUCGGAUCACAUAUUUCUGAAGUGACCAAAAUUCCCUGCCAAAGUAAUGAGUUUGUUCUUGAGCUUAUUCGUGGCAUUCGUUUGCAUUUUGACCGCUUCAUUGAAAACCUUAAGCCUGGGGAUUUGGAAAAGGCUCAACUUGGUCUUGGUCACAGCUACAGCAGAGCAAAAGUGAAGUUCAAUGUGAACCGUGUGGAUAAUAUGGUUAUCCAAGCUAUAUUUCUUCUGGAUACCCUUGAUAAAGAUAUUAAUUCCUUUUCCAUGAGAGUGAGAGAAUGGUACUCUUGGCAUUUCCCAGAGUUGGUUAAGAUUGUUAAUGAUAACUAUCUGUAUGCCAAAGUUGCAAAAUAUGUAGAUGACAAAGCACAGUUGUCUGAAGACAAAUUAUCUGGUCUGACUGACAUAGUAGGAGAUGAAGAUAAAGCAAAGGAGAUUAUUGAAGCUGCCAAGGCAUCCAUGGGUCAGGAUUUGUCACCUAUUGAUUUGAUUAAUGUCAAGCAAUUUGCACAAAGAGUGAUGGACCUUGCUGAGUAUAGAAAGAAGCUUUAUGACUAUCUUGUUUCUAAAAUGAGCGACAUUGCUCCUAAUCUGGCUGCAUUGAUUGGUGAGGUUGUUGGUGCUCGUUUGAUUUCCCAUGCUGGCAGUCUUACGAACUUGGCAAAGUGCCCUUCUUCUACUCUUCAGAUCCUUGGUGCUGAGAAGGCUCUGUUCAGGGCAUUGAAAACACAUGGAAACACUCCAAAGUAUGGUCUCAUAUUUCAUUCUUCAUUCAUUGGCCGUGCUUCUGCUAAAAAUAAAGGCCGUAUGGCUCGGUAUCUUGCUAACAAGUGCUCAAUUGCCUCUCGUCUCGACUGUUUCUUAGAGACAAGUACUACUGCUUUUGGAGAGAAACUUCGUGAACAGGUUGAAGAACGCCUGGACUUUUAUGACAAGGGUGUUGCUCCUCGUAAAAACAUUGAUGUCAUGAAGUCUGUCAUUGACACAGUUGAAAGCAAAGAAGAGGAUGAGCCAAUGGCCGAUGCGAAUGGAAAUUCACAUGAGGAGCCUAAAUCAGAAAAGAAGAAGAAGAAGAAGGAGAAGAGGAAGCAACAAGAUGACGAAGACCAGGAAAUGGCUGAUGUGAAUGGCGGUGAAGUAGAAGAUGGAACUGCCAAAAAGAAGAAAAAGAAGAAGAGCAAAGACAAGGACUCAGAAGAUACCCCAGCGCCCACAGAAGGGAAAAAGAAGAAGUCUAGAACUUGAAAAGUGACAACAAUUUUGGAAGAAGAUAUGAGUUUUUGUUGUCUCUCCUCAAGCAGGAAUAUGUUGAAAGAACGCUAUAAAGUGUUAUAGUUUCUGUAGUGAUGUGUUCUGCUAGUAUGCUGUGACAUUAUUAGUUUUGAUAUUAUGUUAAUUUUAGCUUCAAAAUGGAAGUACCAGAAAUUGCGUGA